AUGGCCGAGACGGAGGAGCGGAGCCUGGACAACCUCUUCGCCAAGAGGGACAAGAAGAAGAAGAAGGAGCGCAGCAACCGGGCGGCGAGUGCCGCGGGCGCCGGGGGGGCCGCUGGCGGGAGCAGCGGAGCCGCAGGCGCGGCGGGCAGCGGGGCGGGCGUGGGGGCCCGGCCGGGCGACGGCGGGACCGCGGGGGCCGCGGGCCCCGGGGCCGCCACCAAGGCCGUGACGAAGGAUGAAGACGAGUGGAAAGAAUUUGAGCAGAAAGAGGUGGAUUACAGCGGCCUCAGAGUUCAGGCGAUGCAAAUAAGUGAAAAGGAAGAAGAUGAUAAUGAAAAAAGAGAAGAUCCUGGUGAUAAUUGGGAAGAAGGUGGAGGUGGUGGUGGUGGUGUAGAAAAAUCUUCAGGUCCCUGGAAUAAAACAGCUCCGGUACAAGCACCUCCUGCUCCAGUAAUUGUUACAGAAACCCCAGAACCAGCAAUGACUAGUGGUGUGUAUAGGCCUCCUGGAGCCAGGUUAACCACAACAAGGAAAACACCACAAGGACCACCUGAAAUAUACAGUGAUACACAGUUCCCAUCCCUGCAGUCCACUGCCAAGCAUGUAGAAAGCCGAAACAGGGAUAAAGAAAUGGAGAAGAGCUUUGAAGUAGUAAGACACAAAACUAGAGGUAGGGAUGAGGUUUCAAAAAACCAGGCCCUUAAACUUCAGCUAGACAACCAGUACACUGUGCUUGAAAAUCAAACAAACAGCCACACACAGUACAAUUAAGGAAUGGUCUUUGCUACCCCUUCCAAGGUAACUAGACCACCGCUAACCACCAUGAACAGCCAUUCAUCAUCCGAUCUCUGCUGGACCGACAGCCACCGAUGCAGACCCCUCGAUAUAAGAGACCGGCCCUAUCGCACUAUGGAAGUUCAAGUGUCACAACUGCUCUGUGUAUAUUGAAUUUAGGAGGAUUUUCAUUGUUAUAAAUGUGUGAACUAGAUUCAGCAGUGUUCUCUCAUAAUAAUUACUCUGCAAAUACAAAAAAAAAAAAAACAAACCCACAAAAAAUGGCAGCCAGUGGUCAUUUCAAAAUCUUUUUAUGUUCAGAUUCUGAGCCUUUGUAAGGUUGACUACCUCAGAUUUGCUGCACUCAUGUGGAUCACAACUUCUGGAUUAGAACGUUACAGCCCUUAAAUGGCGACAAGGAACUUACAACCAGCUCUACUGGAUUCCUAUCAGAAAUCCUGCAGAGAGUCAGCGUCUGGGUUCUGAUCUGCUGUAAAAGAUGAAGAUUUAAGUGACCUUAACUAACCUGUCCUGUGCCCCACCCUCCGGGAAUGCGCUCUGUAGUGGGCUGUGGCUGUUAGACCUCUGGAACGUGCCGCUCUCAGAAGAAGAGAUGUGUUCAGUGCUCUGUGUAGGGCUGGGAUUUCUAAUUUAAACUUUGAGUUGUAUUCUGAGGUAACCACAAAUUCAACGAAACUUGGGGUCCGCCAAGUGGGGAGGGGGGCCUGGGAGGGAAUAAUCUUGUUUCUUUUAGUAUUUUUCCUUGGGGUAGUGCUUUCUCUAUGUUCCACAUUAAGGCCUUUUUUGCUUUGACUUGGAAGAAGUUCUUUGACAGAGCAUAUUGCUUGGUUAAGUAAGUGACCUGAAAUACACAUUGGAAUUGUGAAAUUGCCAAUCCCUCCAGGGGAACCAAAAAGCCUUUGAUGGAAAGGGCAGUGGGUGCAGGGGGCUCUACUUCAGGUGCUGCUACAGCCUCCUCCAAUCAGGUCUCAUUGUAAAGCUGACUGCAGUGGAAAGAGGAUGGUUUCUGCUCAGACCAAGGGGAUCCACUGACCCAUUCUUACAAAUUCACAGCAACGUGAGCAGAACCUCAACCUAAAACCCACUUAGGUUUCAUGGAUCUUGCAUAGUCUUUGACAAUUUCAGAUAUAUUUGUGCCCAAAUUUUUAAGUUCCUGGACAUUCUGUAGAUUGUUCCGGGGUAGCUCUGUUAUCAACCCUCUGCUGUGUCUUUAUGCUGUUCAUUUAAAAUCAGGGGCAAACCACGGGCGAUGUAGCACUUCUGUUUUAAUAAUUACAGCCUAAACUAUUCAGUCAUUUUUAGUCCUCAAAAGGGACUUCAGGAAGAUAGCCAGGUUUACUGAAAAGUUUCUUUCCAUCUAAUGAGAUAGUUCGAUAAUUUCCUAGUUUUGUAUCUUUGGUUCAAUAGAAAUAUGUCAAAGUGGUGUGCGACCACUUGAUGCAGAGUCUGGUUUCUCUGUAAUAAGUCCCUUUGCCAAAUGGGGGGAGUUGCAGACUUGCUACUGGCAAGAGUGAAGCAAGCCGGUGAGUAAAGCUGUCCUGAUACGGGAGCAUAUUUCUGUGGGAAUUUAGUCUUGAUAAAAGUGUCAACACAGGAAUCGGACUCCUGGGGGGCUCCAGGUCUCCUGACAGGACUGCCAACCAUUCCUGGGCAAUAAUGUUGGUGUUCUCUGAGGUGGUGGGCUGGGUUGCCCGCCUUCAGACGUGUUUGGGCGAGUUGCUGAGCAAACCAAGGAGAGGUUGGAUGAUUAAACGAGAAAUAAGGGAUUCUUGGUUAAACUGAAGACUUCAUUUGGGAACCAAAAAUCUUAACAAAUCUCUUGGACCUUGAGCCACAUAUUUUCCCUGAAAAGUGUGCAUUUUUUCCCCCAGCAGAAUUUUGUUGAGGGUUACAUUACUGAGGAAUGAACUGAGAUGGGUAUGUGGAACUUAUUUAAUGGCUUACUGUACUAGGAAACUGAAGACCUGCAGGAGAUUGAAAACCACCUCGUUACAACUUUUUAAGAUUGUGAAAUUGUCAAAUGCACAUGAAUCAAGUUUUAAUAUGCUGUAUGAUGGGUUGGAGAGGAUGUCCAUUGUACCAUUUCUUUCUUUGAAUUCUCAGGCAUGGUUUGGCAGUGCAAGAACUCUUGUAACAUUAACAAAGUCAAUAAAAAGUGACUGGA